AUGGCUGCGAUGCGCUCACUACGAAACUUGGGAUUUGGCCUGCAGAAGUAUUCGCAGCGCAGUGAUGUGCUGCGUUUCUACACCAAUACACGCAGUGCAUUACGCAUCACUAAAAACACCAAGGUCAUAAUCCAAGGAUUCACAGGUAAACAGGGCACAUUCCAUGGUCAACAGAUGAUCGACUACAAUACCAAUGUUGUUGGUGGUGUAUCUCCGGGUAAGGCCGGCACGAAGCAUCUCGGCAGACCUGUUUUUGCUACUGUUAAAGAAGCCCGUGAAGCAACAGGUGCAGACGCAUCGGUGAUUUACGUGCCGGCUCGCUUCGCAGCGCAAGCGAUCGAGGAAGCGAUGGAAGCAGAAAUGCCAUUGGUUGUGUGUGUAACGGAGGGCAUUCCGCAGCUCGAUAUGGUUAAAGUGCGAAACAAACUGAUGAAGCAAGACAAAACACGCCUUCUUGGCCCGAAUUGUCCUGGAAUAAUUGCUCCAGAAGAAUGUAAAAUAGGAAUUAUGCCAGGACAUAUACAUCAGAAAGGUGUAAUUGGUAUUGUUUCACGUUCCGGCACACUAACUUAUGAAGCAGUUCACCAGACCACGGUCGUUGGACUUGGGCAAACGCUUUGUGUGGGAAUUGGUGGUGAUCCAUUUAACGGCACAAACUUCAUCGAUUGUUUGGAUAUAUUUUUGAAAGAUCCGCAGACUAAAGGUUACUUUUUGCCGCUUUUUAUUGAACAACUCAGGGCUCUUUGUGGUUUCUUGUAA